CUAUGAGUGGUAUUUAUGCUCCGUUUUACAACACUACGCGACAUUUGUGAUCUUGAACGUCUCUCGCCCGGUUGCAACUUUAUCUGCUGCUGCUGCUGGGAUCACAUCACGUGUGUUGGGAAUUUUUUUUUGCGUGGCAGUGGCAUAGCAGUAAAACUCAAGCGGGCGUCUGACAGCGCAUCAAACAUUAAUGCAAUGCUCGUGCUUCGACACUGUCACCGUCUAACGCGUUUUGGUCCGCUCAGCCCUCAAAGACCCCAAGCGUCCUCUGCUGGAGCGUGGUGUUCGCUUCGUCUUGCGAGCAGCAGCAACAAUAACAACAAGGAACAGAGAUGGGAGCACCCUGGACACGCUCCAAACUUGCGACUCGCCUUCGCGGGUCUCAUGGCCGGGACAGGAGCUGUUCUGGCGUAUGGCCUCCACCAUCACAAGGCGGAGCAGGGUGACGUUGUGAGCGCUCAGCUGAAAGCGCAGACCUCCCAGCUUCCCAUCUUCAGCCAAGAAGAGGUCACCAAGCACCGCACGCUGAAAGAUGGCGUGUGGGUCACUUACAAAGGCGGCGUCUACGACAUCACCGAGUUCGUCCCCGCGCACCCCGGCGGGGAUAAAAUCCUGCUGGCGGCAGGCGGGGCCCUCGAACCCUUUUGGGCGCUUUAUGCGGUGCACAACCAGGAGCACGUGCUGGACAUGCUCUCUGAAUAUAAGGUGGGCGAGUUGCGGGCGGAGGACCAGAAAAAGCAGCAGAGCGCGGCAUCGUCGGAUCCGUACUCGUCCGACCCCGAGCGACAUCCCGUGCUGCGCGUCAACAGCCUGAAGCCCUUCAACGCCGAGCCGCCUCCCGAGCUCCUCUCGGAUAGCUACGUCACGCCCUCCGCCAUCUUCUUCAAGAGGAACCACCUGCCCGUUCCGCGGGUGGACCCGGCGUCGUACGAACUGCAGGUGGACGGGCUCCCCGGAGGUGGUCUCAAGCUGUCCUUGGAGGACUUAAAGAACCGCUUCCCCAAGUACACGGUCACGGCCACGCUGCAGUGUGCGGGCAACCGGCGCUCCGAGAUGAACGCGGUCAAGCAGGUGAAGGGAUUGAACUGGGGCAUUUCGGCCAUCAGUAACGCCACGUGGGCGGGCGCACGCCUUCGCGACGUGCUGCUGGCUGCCGGAUACGGUCCGGAUGCGGCGCGGUGGGCUCGCCACGUGCAGUUUGAGGGGCUGGAUAAAGACGUGACGGGGACGACGUACGGCGCAUCCAUCCCUGUCAACAAGGCGACCAACGAGGAAGGCGACGUCCUGCUGGCUUACGAGAUGAACGGCGAGCCUCUCCCCCCCGACCACGGCUUCCCGGUGCGGGUAGUGGUGCCCGGAACAGUGGGGGCCCGUAACGUCAAGUGGCUGUCCAAGAUCACGGUGAGCGCCGAGGAGAGCAGCAGCCACUGGCAGCAGAACGACUACAAGGGCUUCUCGCCCACCACCGACUGGGACACCGUCGACUUCAAGUCGGCUCCGGCCAUCCAAGAGCUGCCCGUCCAGUCGGCCAUCACCGUGCCGGCAGAUGGCGCCGCGGUGCCCCGCGGAAGCGAAGAGGUGACGGUGAAGGGCUACGCGUGGAGCGGCGGCGGCCGAGAAGUGGUGCGCGUGGACGUGUCCCUGGAUGGAGGGAAGACGUGGCAAGUGGCCGAGCUGAGGAGCAGCGACGGGGGGCAAAAUGCCGAGCCUUCACCCCCGCCCGGGAGAGCCUGGGCCUGGAAGCUGUGGGAGCUCACGGCCCCUCUUCCCUCGGAGGCCCGCCAGCUGGAGAUCGUCUGCAAGGCCGUGGACAACAGCUACAACAUGCAGCCCGACACGGUCGCUCCCAUCUGGAACCUGAGAGGGGUGCUGAGUAACGCCUGGCACAGGGUGAAGGUCAACAUCGUCGACAGCAAUGAAUAGAUUUCAUCGGACCGUUGUUCGAUGACCUCACCUCAAACGACGUUCGGAACGCUGCCAGUCUAUGACGGUGCCAAAUUGAUGCGCUCAUGCGGACUUCUUCUCUGGAAUUUAGAAGUUUGAACAAGAAUUGGGGUCUGUAGAAAGUCAUUUGAGCAUUCAUCAAAUGUCUCCGAUGUCUAGUCGAAGGUCCGUGUACUUGCACGCUCUUUGUUUGCUCAAGCACACGUGCCAAACUCAAGGCCCGGGGGCCAGAUCCGGCCUGAGAAAGCAAAUUCUGGUCUUCGACUUCAUGUUUCUUGCUAAAAUACCCAAAUUGCUAAUUGUCUCCACUUUUCAAAAAGUUGAGAUAUUUUAAGCAUUUUUUUUUUUUUGUUACCAAUCCUCCCUUUGAUCAUGAAUUGAUCAUGUGUAUCAAUAGGAAAACAGCACAGCACUGGUAUAAAUGAAGGAUAU